AGACGAACGAAGUGUCAAAUUGAAAAACGCCGCAGCUUCAAGGCUAUUUGUUGUAGUUUUUAAUGAUUUCCGUAAUUUCCCGCCUGUUUAUCGGCGUAUUUCCAUAAUAUUCUGCGAAUUUCUUAUAUAAAACACACAAGAGACCAUGUCGCAAACCGAGGAUACAGCUGAAAACACCGAAAUGGGUGAAAGUGCGACAAACGACAAUGAAUCCUCCUCUGAUGGCAACUCAAAGAACGAAGACUUCGACACCAAGGUGGAAAACGACCGGGGGAAACGGUUCGAUUAUCUCCUCAAACAAACAGAGAUUUUCUCGCAUUUUAUGAACCAAACUAAGACCCCUACCAAGGGGAAACCCGCUGGUAGGCCUAAAAAGACUAAAGAGGAAAUCGCUGACCACAGACACAGGAAAACCGAACAAGAAGAAGACGAGGAACUUUUAGCUGAAACCAAUGCCAAGACAAAAGCGAUGAUUCGCUUCGAGGUUUCACCUCCUUACAUUAAAGGGGGCGAAAUGAGGGACUAUCAGAUCAGAGGGCUGAAUUGGAUGAUUUCUUUGUAUGAAAAUGGUAUUAACGGUAUCUUGGCGGACGAAAUGGGUUUGGGUAAAACGUUGCAAACGAUCUCGCUGCUUGGUUUUAUGAAGCAUUACAAGAACACAGCGGGUCCCCAUAUUGUCAUCGUUCCCAAGUCGACGUUGUCGAAUUGGAUGAACGAGUUCGCCAAGUGGUGUCCCUCUUUGCGUGCUGUAUGUCUCAUUGGCGACCAAGAAGCCAGGAAUACCUUAAUCCGGGACGUCCUAAUGCCGGGCGAAUGGGACGUGUGCGUCACCUCCUACGAGAUGUGCAUCAAAGAAAAGUCGGUUUUCAAGAAGUUCAAUUGGCGCUACAUGGUCAUCGACGAGGCCCACAGGAUCAAAAACGAAAAAUCCAAACUGUCGGAAAUAUUGAGGGAGUUUAAAACUACCAAUAGGCUGCUACUUACAGGUACACCCUUGCAAAAUAACCUGCACGAACUAUGGGCCCUACUAAAUUUCCUGUUACCGGACGUCUUUAAUUCCUCCGAUGAUUUCGACGCGUGGUUCAACACGAAUCAGUGUCUGGGCGACAACAGUUUGGUCGAACGUUUACACGCCGUUUUAAAACCGUUCCUGCUACGAAGACUUAAAUCCGAGGUGGAGAAACGCUUGAAGCCGAAGAAGGAGGUGAAGGUUUACGUGGGGUUGAGCAAGAUGCAACGGGAAUGGUAUACCAAGGUCCUGUUAAAAGACAUCGAUAUAGUAAACGGGGCAGGAAAAGUGGAAAAAAUGCGUCUGCAAAACAUCCUGAUGCAAUUACGCAAGUGCACCAACCACCCUUACUUGUUCGACGGGGCCGAACCGGGUCCACCCUACACCACGGACGAGCAUUUGGUCUUCAAUUGCGGCAAAAUGACCAUUUUGGACAAACUGUUACCGAAACUACAAGAACAAGGAAGCAGGGUACUGAUUUUCUCGCAAAUGACCCGGAUGCUGGACAUUUUAGAGGACUAUUGCCACUGGAGGGGCUACAACUACUGUCGCUUAGACGGACAAACGCCACACGAGGACCGUCAGAGGCAAAUCAACGAGUACAACGAGGAGGGCAGCAAAAAGUUCAUUUUUAUGUUGUCUACAAGAGCGGGCGGUUUGGGGAUUAACUUGGCCACGGCUGAUGUGGUGAUUAUCUACGAUUCGGAUUGGAAUCCACAGAUGGAUCUGCAGGCGAUGGAUCGGGCCCACAGGAUCGGACAGAAGAAGCAGGUGAAAGUGUUCAGGUUCAUAACCGACAACACCGUAGAAGAAAAGAUCGUAGAACGUGCCGAAGUAAAACUACGCCUGGACAAACUGGUGAUCCAACAGGGCCGACUGGUGGACAGCAAAGCGGCCACCCUAAACAAGGACGAAAUGCUGAACAUGAUCAGACACGGGGCGAACCACGUGUUCGCCUCCAAAGACUCGGAAAUCACGGACGAGGACAUCGACUCCAUACUGGAAAGGGGCGAGGUCAAAACCCAGGAAAUGGCUCAGAAAAUGGAGAGUUUGGGCGAGUCGUCGUUGCGGAAUUUCACGGUGGACACGCCCACUCAAUCCGUUUAUAAAUUCGAGGGCGAAGACUAUCGGGAGAAACAGAAAACGAUCGGGAUCAGUAACUGGAUCGAGCCGCCUAAAAGGGAACGUAAAGCGAAUUAUGCGGUGGACGCGUACUUCCGGGAGGCCCUGAGGGUUUCCGAGCCAAAGGCCCCCAAAGCCCCCAGGCCCCCUAAACAACCGAUGGUGCAGGACUUUCAGUUCUUUCCUCCGCGUUUGUUCGAACUUUUGGAUCAGGAGAUUUAUUAUUAUCGUAAGACUUUGGGGUACAAGGUGCCCAAGAACUUGGAACUAGGGCCGGACGCUACGAAGCAUCAACGCGAGGAGCAGAGGAAAAUUGACGAGUCUGAGGCGCUUACGGAUGAAGAACAGCAGGAAAAGGAGCAGUUGCUCACGCAAGGGUUCACCAACUGGAGCAAAAGGGAAUUCAACCAAUUCAUAAAAGCGAACGAGAAGUACGGCAGGGACGACAUCGAAAACAUCGCCAAAGACGUGGAAGGAAAAACCCCCGAGGAAGUGAUGGAGUACUCGGCCGUCUUUUGGGAACGUUGCCACGAAUUACAGGACAUCGACAAACUGAUGGCGCAAAUAGAGAGGGGCGAGGCCAAGAUCCAACGUAGGGCGAGCAUAAAGAGGGCGUUGGACGCGAAAAUGGCCCGAUACCGGGCGCCUUUUCAUCAACUGCGUCUCGCCUACGGGAAUAACAAGGGCAAAAACUACAUGGAGGAAGAGGACAGAUUCUUGGUGUGCAUGUUACAUAAAUUAGGCUUCGACAGGGAGAACGUUUAUGAGGAAUUGAGGGCGGCCGUGAGGGCGUCGCCCCAGUUCCGGUUCGAUUGGUUCUUAAAAUCGAGGACGGCGAUGGAGUUGCAACGGAGAUGCAACACGCUGAUCACGUUGAUCGAGAGAGAGAACGCCGAGCUGGAGGAGAAGGAGAAGAACGAGAGGAAGAAGAAGGCUACUAAGACGAGCCAGUUGGCAGGUACGCCGACUCAAGUGGCCCAAAAGUCGGGUCAAAAAAGGAAAAGCGACAUGCCCGGCACCCCCGUCGAGAAAAAGAAGAAGAAAAAGUAGCGCGUAAGUGCGGAUCAAUAAAUUAAAUAUUUCCCUUUUUUUCCUGUGUAUGCGUGUGUGAUUUCCUUUUUUAAUUUAAAUCGAAUAAAUGUUGAAUGUGUAGCGGGUUAAGAUAGUUUCCAUUUUUUUUUUAAAUAAAUAAAUUCAGUUUUA